ACGACGAGCAUUUCCGCGUUCAUCUCGGCGUGCACGUCAGGUAUUUCCGCGCAUUUUGAUGUUAAUGACUGGAUGUAACCGCCGUAACCGCGAUUCGUUUCUCCGCGGUGACGGAUAAUUCCGAAAAGUCAGACUGACGCAUAGCCUCGUCGGUGAUGUCCUGCCUAAGCGCGUUGCAUUCGCAAAUAGGGACCUUGCUCUCCGUGCCUCACGAAGUCCUAUUUCUACGACAUACAGUUUUUCGUGAAUAUGCGAAAAUUGCGGUUGGACCGGAUUUCAUCCACACGCUGCCAUCUUUUCUAAUUCUGACAGCCGCAAUACUCAUCCUUUGGAGGAACCCUCCAUCCUCCACGCGACUUAUGGACCUCGUAGGCGUAACAUUCAUUUAUAGAGGAUUUCAGGUGUCAGUCAGCUGGCUUGCGGUUAACGCGCUUUUAUGGCUAUGGCUGAUUCUCCAAAGGAUACUCUACUGCAGCGUCUGGUGUUACUGGAGUUACGAAUCUGAAUACCGAGAUAUUUCAUAUCCCUGGUGGCAACGUGUCUGGUCCUCGUAUUAUCCUGAACCUAUACAGCCGCCAGUAAUGUCGGCUGGUUUUAUUAGUUGGAUUAUCGCAAUGUCCAUUGCAAUAAUGAUCCUGGGAUGUGCAAACUCUACAGAUCGCGUGGAAAUUUUCGUUAAAGAAACUUUAACUAAAUUUCGAAAUGUACUUGCAAUAAUAAAGUCCUAUGCAGAAGAGUAUUUGUAAAAAUUAAUAAAACAUUCGUUGAGUAAAAUUUUUGUUCUUAGGGAGCAACAAAUGUCUGUAACUACUGAGACAAACGUGGCAAUGGACGAUGGCGAAAUCAGCUUAGUUUGUGAUGACGGUCGUUCAGAAACAUCGAAUGACAUCAACAACGCGGGACGCGGGGAUAUACAUCCGAUUUCUUAUGGAACGAAUUGGAUGCCGCAACCAAAUUUCUCCGCGUUGAAAGAAGCACAACGAAAAAUUUCGAUGAAAUCUUUUCAUACGGUGAUGGGCGCAAACGACGCUCAGGAUCCUGACAAAUUUGUAGCAAAGCAAUUGCGACAUCGACGCGGCUGUCAUACUGUGAUACCAAGUAAUUCCAGUGAGCAAUUAAGCGAAUGUUAAAAGAACUUGUCAAUGUUCAUUGAACAGUCAUCAUUGAAGAAGCCAUCGGAGAAAUAUUCAUGGGAAUACUUCUUGUAUAACUUCUUGAAAGUAGCGCAUCAAUUCUUUGCAGAUGAUGUUUGGUUUAAAUAAAAGCCAAGAGAA